AUGGCGUAUCAGAACAUUGAGGCUGACAGAACAAUCCGCGUCGAGGGCAUCAAUAGGCUUAUCAGCGACGAGACUUUUUAUGAGCUUUUUAGCAAAGUUGGCCUAGUUGACUCCGUCUCGAUGCACUUCUCCAGAGGAGCGAAAUCCGGAUAUGCUCUUGUUGUCUUUAACAGAAACUGUGAUGCAAUGAGAGCGUCUGCAAUGAAUGGUGCCGUGCGUUGUAACGCUACCCUUCAAAUAAAGUAUGAAGGAGAUCUUGCAACUUUUGAUGCUUCUCAAAAGAUGAUAGAGUCUGACUCUAAUGAUCGAAAGAACCUCUACGUGCUCAACAUUCCACUGGAUAUGACUUCGGACGAGUUUAGAGAGCUCUUCAUUCCAUACGGUGUUGUCACCCAUGCCGUUAUACUCGCCAUGCUGGAUACCUCGUCUCGCAGACGUGGUUUUGUUGACAUGUCAACUCCUCAGGAGGCUGCUGACGCUCUAAACCACCUGAAUGGAGCUGCAAUCAGGACUUACACUAUCGAAGUCUCGUACGCACUCAUUCAACGCUCAGGAUUUGACGAUCGUGUCAAAGCUAGUCGUUCACUCAAGCACCGCGUCCCUGUACUCUCAAGCCGUGCUGCCAAGGAACCUACCAGCGUUCCUUCAAACGCAAAUGUUUUCCCGCUCAAUACUCGCAAGUCUUUGAUGGACGGUGGUCUUGCUUCUGACUUUAUGUCUCGCUCAUACUCCCAGCCACAAGCUGAUGUUAAUCACGGUUUCAAUCCAUAUGUAUCAGCCUUUGCUCCACAUGCGCCAAGCAACUCAGCACCAUAUGCUAGUCAAGUAGUAAGUCAUGAAGUUUUAGAGAAACUUGACUAUGUAGAUGACUCAAUUCAGACCAACCACAUAUGCUUAGUGAUCAAGAAUCUGCCAAUCACAAUAGUGAAGUCAGAUUCAGGUCUUCGCUCAUUCAUUCAAUCUCUUGGACCAGUCGAACCGUUUACAGGAAACAUGUUCGCUCUUCCAGAUUCAUUGGUAGCUUCAGCUAUUGUGAAAUUUGUUUCACCUUCAGAUGCAGCGUUAGUGAUGCAUGCCAUUAAUGGUAAGUAUAUUGGAGGUAACAAGAUAGAAGUCACACACACCACCAACAGUCCGAACAAGCUUCAAGAUGUCGGUUGGGGUUGUGGCCCACUUCAAGCACACGACAAUAAUACUAAGCAACGUAGAUUCUUCUCAGAGCAACAACCAUUAAAAGUACCAGCUAUCGGAGAAUCACCACGCUUUUUCAGUGCUCCUCAUGACCGCUUUAACUUCGCACCAGUACCACAAACUAAGGGUGCUAUUGGUGAGGAAAGGAACUCUUCCAACUCAUCAUUGGAGUCGUUGUUAGAGCGUGCAAACCUCGAUGACGCGAAGAGACGCCAGCCACACUCACCUGAGACAGGCGAAAGCUCAUUCAAUGACAAUUCGGUUUCUACGAAUGAGGUGGCUACGCCAAACAGCUCUUCUAAACAGUUGAAUAUCCAGUCUUCACCGCUAUCAGAAGUAUCAAUGUCCAAGAAUAGCGCUGAGAAGGAGAACUUUCGAAUUAUCAACCGUCAAAGUCAAAGAUUUCCAAUUGAUUAA